UUCAGGGACUCACGGUGGUGGAAGUAGUUGAAGAUCGUGGACUUCUGUUUAAUACAAAUCAAAUUAUAACCAUGGAUUUACUGUCUUGCGCAACGCUCAGAGGACAUUUGCAGCCGACUGUAUAGAUCUUUUCUCUCCUCUGGAUUUAUCAUGCGGGCUUCGUCCUAACAGUGGAGUAGACCUGACCGGACAGCCGCAGCCUGCCGGGGCGCAGCCGGGAGCAGGGGUUUAUGCUGAAGCUGGUCGCGACCGAGACAUUGAAAAAUGAUAUUAACACAGAUUGAAGCCAAAGAGGCCUGUACCUGGCUCCGGGCAGCAGGGUUCCCACAGUACGCCCAGCUUUAUGAAGAUGCCCAGUUUCCCAUUGACAUCUCCUCAGUCACCAGAGACCAUGACUUCCUCGAUCGGGAUUCGAUUGAGGCUCUAUGCAGGAGACUGAACACGCUCAACAAGUGUGCUCUAAUGAGACUGGAGAUAUCACCACAAAGAAAACGAAGUGAGGACUCUGACGAGGACGAGCCUUGUGCCAUCAGUGGCCGCUGGACCUUCCAAAGGGACAGCAAGCGCUGGUCCCGUAUGGAGGAGCUGGAGGUUUUUUCCACACUGUCCACGGAUGCCACCCAGGCCCCAUCAUUCCCCAAGGACCAAGUAUCCCAAAAAGGCAAGCUGGCCCUACGUGAAGGCAACAGUUCAGAGAGUGUGCUGACCGACCUCAGUGAGCAGCCUGAAGUGGGCUCCAUCCACAGCAGCGGGAGUGGAGGACAAGGAGAAGAGAAGGGCCACGGUGCCGCCCUGGUAAAUGAGGCUAUACCUGCUGGGGCCACUCGAGCCAGCUCCGUAGCUAGCAUGUGUUCAUCCUCGGGUACAGGCGGGUCAGGAUGCGCUAAUGAAGACUCUUUGUCUGAUGGGUUGCCCCCAUCACCCCUGGAGACACUCGGACAGUUCACAUUUGAUGUGAAAACAGGGAUGGGAGGACUAGGAGGGAGUCUGGACAGAGGAGGCGGAAGUGGCAAAAGCACACGCUCACGAGCUAAGAGCUUUCUAAAGCGCAUGGAGAGUCUACGGUUGCGCAGCGGCACCUCCUCCAAGAGGAAGAAGAAGGGGAGCACCAGUGGAGGAAAGAUAGAAAUCAGUGGCCCUGUCAUCAAAGAGGGUCUAGAUGAUGACAAGUUGAGGAGCCUCAACUGUGUGGACAUCUCCAGCAUCAACCUCAACCAGAACCUCAAUCACCACCGCAAUCCCACUCAGACUAUGACACUUAACCGGAAUCGCUCUGUAUCAUACUCCACUCAAACCAGCAACGGCAGCACUGGAAGUACUGGGAGCAGCCAGUCAGAAGCCAGCAGUGGCAGUGCAGUGAGCACACCAAGCCCAGUGACUCGCGCUCGCAGCCACAGCACAGCAGCGGGCUCAAGUAAGAGAGGAGGAAUGUAUUUGGAGGGUUUUGAUCCUUUCAGCAUUCUCCAACAAACUUCAGAUCGUCAGCCAACACCCCCAUCCAAAUCUGCCCCACCCAUCCCCUGCCAAGCCAGUAAUGGGAUGACAGUUGAUGAGCAGAACCGCAGGAACAACUGCAGUGUUCGAGACAAUAGCAGACAAGUGGAGGAAGAGGAGGAGGAGGAAGAAGAGGGCAUGAUCUUCUUCUACUUACCAGAAGGUCACAAGCCUGGGACUUUCCCCAAAGCCCUGCAAGACGGGAGCUUGCGCAACAACAACGGGAACGAUAACGGAAACUCAGUGAUCCUCAGAGGACGGCAAAGUAGACGCCAGCGUCGUGCCUCUUCAGGCUCCGUCGACAGCCGGCUCAGUUUUUAUGACAACGUCCCCUACACUGAGAGAGAGGAGGAGGGAGAGGAGGAAGAGGGGGAUGAACGCAAACUGGAGGAAGUGCUACAACAUGUCAGCGGCCUGCAGCGUUUUAACGCCUGGUCGGAGGCUGUGGCUGGUGAAGAGGAGGAGGAGGAGGAAGAUGAAGAGGAAGAAGGAGACUCAGACUCAGCACUGGACUCAGCUUCCCCAUGCCCCUCUUCUCCUCUACAGAACCGACUGGAAGAGACCGAGAAUGGAAGUGACCAGGACAGCACAGGAAACCCGCUGGGUGAGGGAGAGGAAGGGAUGAGAGAAAGAAGAGAUUCUGGUGUUGGAGCAUCUCUAACCCGAACCAGCAGGCCACAGAAACUCCGCUGGCCGAGCUUCCAGAACUCCCAUCGGCCCAGCCUGGCCUCCGCCCAGCUCCAGAUUAGCUGCCAGUCUGUGUUACAGAUGAAUCUGCUCCAGAAGCUCUCCCUGCUGCAGCUCACUGCUCUGCUGGAGAAGCAUACCCCGACAAACAAACAUGGCUUCAGCUGGGCUGUGCCAAAGUUUAUGAAGCGGAUCAAGGUGCGUGACUAUAAAGACAGGAAUGUGUUUGGUGUGCCACUACAAGUCAUCGUCCAGCGGACAGGCCAGCCCCUCCCUCAGGGAAUCCAACAGGCCAUGCGCUACCUGCGCAAUCAGUGCCUCGACCAGGUGGGUCUUUUCAGGAAAUCAGGAGUUAAGUCUCGAAUCCAAGCUCUGCGCCAGAUGAACGAGGCGAGUGGCGCAGAUGGAGGGGGAGUCAGCUACGAGGGCCAGUCUGCUUAUGAUGUUGCAGACAUGCUGAAGCAGUACUUCAGAGAUUUGCCAGAACCCCUGCUCACUAGCAAACUCUCCGAGACCUUCCUCCAGAUCUAUCAGUACAUGCCUAAAGAGCUCCGUCUGCAGGCAGCUCGUGCCGCCGUGCUGCUGCUGCCCGAUGAGAACCGAGAGGCGCUGCGGACGCUGCUGUGUCUGCUGAGCGACGUGACAGCCAGCGUGUCCGAGAACCAGAUGACUCCCACCAACCUGGCUGUUUGUCUGGCCCCGUCCCUCUUCCACCUCAACACCCUGCGCCGCAAGGAGAGCUCCUCGCCAAGGGUGAUGAACCGGAAGCAAACGCUGGGAAAACCGGACCAGAGAGAUCUGAAUGAGAACCUGGCUGCCACUCAUGGCCUGGCACACAUGAUCCAGGAGUGCAGGAAACUCUUCCGGAUACCAGACGAGAUGAAUCGCUGCAGGAACUCGUACGUGGAGCAGGCGCUGCUGCCUCGACGUUUGGAGGAUCUUGCAGGUGAAGAGGCCGGGCAAGGAGGCUACAGGGCGUACCUACGGGACAGCCUGGACGCCCUCCUCAAAGAGGCCAAGGACAAGUUCAGAGGUUAUGACAGCUGCUCCACACCCGAGCACGCCGAGCUGGCCUACAGAAAGGUGCAUGAUGGGUUUCCGCUGCGGCUGUGGAAGGUAACCGUGGAGAUGCCUGCAAGUCCUGAAGAGGUUCUGACACGGGUUCUGCGGGAGCAGGGCCAUUGGGAUGAGGACCUGCUCGAGAGCCGUGUGGUGGAGACACUGGAUGAGAGGACGGAGGUCUACCAGUACGUCAGGAACACCAUGGCUCCACAUCCCACCAGAGACCAUUUGGUGCUCAGAACAUGGGUAACAGACCUGCCAAAGGGAGCAUGCGCACUUGUGUGUACGUCUGUGGACCAUGAAGGGGUACCUGUUGUAGGUGUUCGGGCCAAUGUCCUCACCUCGCGCUACUUCAUCGAGCCCUGCGGAGCCAACAAAUCAAGAAUCACACAUAUUUCCAGGAUCGACUGCAGGGGUCGUUUUCCAGAGUGGUACAAUAAACUGUAUGGACACUUGUGUGCUGCUGAGGUGGCGCGGAUACGUGACUCAUUCACUGCACCCAUGGACAAAUGAGAAAGCAGUGUGCAAUUUGGGCAACAACAGUCUCAACAGCUUCUUUGAACCCUGGCCCGUUGGACCACAUUUUGGAUCCUACUGGGGAUUUGAAAUGACUCAUUCCACCCAUUCUAACAGAGAGAUAGAUGGGGUCCAAACCUCUUUAUACACACAUUUAAAGGACAAACC